AUUGCUUCCGCUUCUUUGCCUUUUGUUGUCGGCAUCGGCGUUUUCAUAUGCAUUGUGAUUUUUACUGAAAGGUUGCUAUAUUUUCAAUUCUCUGUCUGAUGACAAAUUAGAAAUGGAAGAGAAAGACAAAGAAAAGAAACGACAGGGAGGCGAUGACGAGGGCGAUGACAGUGAAGCAAGACGAACAAGCAGACGGAAACGGGCCAGGGUAAAAGUUGAGUACAAGGAGAUGGAUGAACAGCUGGCCAACAUUUCUGAGGAUGAAUACUACUCGGAGGAAGAAAAGAAAGACAAGCCAGACAAACCUGUGCCACCACCUUCAGCUCCAAAAGUUGAGGCUGACCCUGAACCCGCUGAUGAAAGUGAAAAUGAUGACCCUACAGGUCUUGAAGGAGCAGCCUUUCAGAGUCGCCUACCAUUUGAUAAAAUGACCUCACAGGAAGCAGCAUGUUUUCCAGACAUAAUUCAAGGUCCUCCUCAGUCACAGAAGGUGUUCCUAUACCUGAGGAACAGACAGAUUCAACUUUGGUUGGAGAAUCCUAAACAGCAGCUGACAUUUGAGAAUGCCUUACCCCAGAUUGAGGCUCCAUACAACAGUGAUGGGCCUUUAGUGAUGAGAGUACAUGCCUAUUUGGAACGAUUUGGUUACAUAAACUUCGGGGUAUACAAACGUCUAAAGCCAUUACCUGUAAAGAAACACGGGAGAGUCAUCAUCAUCGGGGCUGGUAUAGCUGGACUCACUGCUGCUCGCCAGCUCAUGUCUUUUGGCAUGGAAGUCAUUGUUCUUGAGGCUCGGGACCGGGUUGGAGGUAGGGUAGCCACCUUCCGUAAGGGUAACUAUGUGGCAGAUCUUGGGGCCAUGGUGGUCACCGGUCUGGGUGGUAAUCCUAUCACUGUAAUGAGCAGACAAAUUAACAUGGAACUGCACAAGAUCAAACAGAAGUGUCCUCUGUACGAGACCAAUGGUGGAACGGUACCAAAAGACAAGGAUGAAAUGGUUGAGCGAGAAUUUAACAGAUUGUUGGAGUCUACAUCAUAUCUCUCUCACCAGCUGGAUUUCAACUCUGUUAAUGGCAAACCUGCAUCCUUAGGUCAGGCUUUAGAGGCAGUCAUCAAAAUGCAGGAGAAGCAUGUGAAGGAGAAGCAGUGUGAACAGCAGAGGACCAUCAUCAGCCUUCAGGAAAAACUCAAGAAAAAUCAGACUAUAAUGUUGUCUGUAAAGGACAGGGUUGAAGAGUUACACAGACAAUGGAAGGAAGCGUCGGACGUCAAACCACCACGCGAUAUCACUGCAGAGUUUCUUGUCAAAAGUAAACUACGUGAUCUUAACUCGGCUUGUAAAGAAUAUGAACAAUUACAAGUACAGCAGAAAGAGAUGGAAGAAAAACUACAAGAAAUAGAGAGUACUCCUCCUAGUGAUGUGUACCUAUCAUCUCGAGACAGACAAAUUCUUGACUGGCAUUUUGCCAACUUGGAGUUUGCCAAUGCUACUCCCCUCUCCCUCUUAUCACUGAAACACUGGGACCAAGAUGAUGACUUUGAGUUCUCAGGGAGUCAUAUCACAGUAAGAAAUGGAUACUCCUGUGUUCCUGUGGCUCUGUCUGAAGGUGUUGACAUCAAACUUAACACUGCUGUUCGCAAAGUUACCUGUAACCCUAAUGGCGUGGAAGUGGUGGUGAGUAAUGCCAAAAACAACACGGGGCCCCAGACACUGAAGGGGGAUGCUGUACUGUGUACACUGCCUUUAGGUGUAAUGAAGGAGUGUAUCCGUGGUAACGGUCUUAACAGUGUCCAGUUCGUCCCACCUCUCCCAGACUGGAAGUCUGCAGCAAUACAGAGGAUGGGUUUUGGCAAUCUCAAUAAGGUUGUACUCUGUUUUGACCGUGUAUUCUGGGAUCCCAAUGCUAACUUGUUUGGUCAUGUGGGAAGUACCACAGCCAGCAGGGGAGAGCUAUUCCUGUUCUGGAAUUUGUACAAGGCUCCUGUGCUCCUGGCCCUGGUGGCAGGGGAGGCUGCUGCCAUUAUGGAGAAUGUCAGUGAUGAUGUCAUCGUCGGGCGAUCCAUCGCUGUCCUCAAAGGAAUUUUUGGCAACAAUGCUGUACCACAGCCUAAGGAGACAUUGGUGACACGGUGGAGAGCAGACCCCUGGGCGCGUGGAUCUUACUCCUAUGUGGCAGCUGGCUCAUCAGGUAAUGACUACGACCUGAUGGCCACACCUGUAUCCCUACAGCCAGGUUCUCAGCCUCGAAUGUUUUUUGCUGGGGAACAUACCAUCCGAAACUACCCAGCCACUGUCCAUGGUGCACUGUUGAGUGGCCUGAGAGAGGCAGAACGCAUUGCUGACCAGUUCUUAGGAGCUCCCUAUGCUCUGCCUACUCACACCAAAACGGAGACAAAGACAUGACAUACUCAACUACCUACUCACACCGUAACAGAAACCAAGACACGACAAACUCAACUACCUACUCACACCGUAACAGAAACCAAGACAUGACAGACACAACUACCUACUCACACCGUACCAGAAACCAAGACACGACAAACUCAACUACCUACUCACACCGUAACAGAAACCAAGACACGACAGACACAACUACCUACUCACACCAAAACGGAGACCAAGACACGACAGACACAACUACCUACUCACACCGUAACAGAAACCAAGACACGACAGACACAACUACCUACUCACACCAAAACGGAGACCAAGACACGACAGACACAACUACCUACUCACACCGUAACAGAAACCAAGACACGACAGACUAAACUACCUACUCACACCGUAACAGAAACCAAGACAUGACAGACACAACUACCUAUUCACACCGUAACAGAAACCAAGACACGACAGACACAACUACCUAUUCACACCGUAACAGAAACCAAGACAUGACAGACACAACUACAUACUCACAUCGUAACAGAAACCAAGACACGACAGACUCAACUACCUACUCACACUGUACCAGAAACCAAGACACGACAGACACAACUACCUACUCACACCGUAACAGAAACCAAGACACGACAGACUCAACUACCUACUCACACCGUAACAGAAACCAAGACACGACAAACUCAACUACCUACUCACACCAAAACGGAGACCAAGACAUGACAGACACAACUACAUACUCACACCGUACCAGAAACCAAGACACGACAGACACAACUACCUACUCACACCGUAACAGAAACCAAGACAUGACAGACUCAACUACCUACUCACACUGUACCAGAAACCAAGACACGACAGACUCAACUACCUACUCACACUGUACCAGAAACCAAGACACGACAGACACAACUACCUACUCACACCGUAACAGAAACCAAGACACGACAGACUCAACUACCUACUCACACCGUAACAAAAACCAUGACACGACAAACUCAACUACCUACUCACACCAAAACGGAGACCAAGACAUGACAGACACAACUACAUACUCACACCGUACCAGAAACCAAGACACGACAGACACAACUACAUACUCACACUGUACCAGAAACCAAGACACGACAAACUCAACUACCUACUCACACUGUAACAGAAACCAAGACACGACAGACACAACUACCUACUCACACCGUAACAGAAACAAAGACACGACAAACUCAACUACCUACUCACACCGUACCAGAAACCAAGACACGACAGACUCAACACCUACUCACACCGUACCAGAAACCAAGACACGACAAACUCAACUACCUACUCACACCGUAACAGAAACCAAGACACGACAGACACAACUACCUACUCACACCGUAACAGAAACCAAGACACGACAAACUCAACUACCUACUCACACCGUAACAGAAACCAAGACACGACAAACUCAACUACCUACUCACACCGUACCAGAAACCAAGACACGACAGACUCAACACCUACUCACACCGUACCAGAAACCAAGACAUGACAGACUAAACUACCUACUCACACCGUACCAGAAACCAAGACACGACAAACUCAACUACCUACUCACAACGUAAAAGUUCAACAGAUUGAUAGUAACAGUACCAGAUGGCUCUUACGUGGAUGUCACAAACAAAUGACCCUUUUCUCCACAGAUAAUUUGUCACAAUAGGGUUGCAUUUUUAUAAAAUCCAAUUUGUUUCUACUACACAUAAUUAUACUGAUACUUGAAAGUGUUAUAACAUAUUCCAGGACUGAUAAUCAAUCGUGUGCCAGAAACAUAUGAUUUAAGACUCGGCCAUAGUUAAACAUCAUCAACGGCUACAUGUUCAUAAUUACGUAUAUGGACAUCGUUCAUUGUGUGGCGUCGUCAGACACCCGCUGUUAGGCAUUAUGUGUCAUUGUGUGGCGUCGUGAGACCCUCACUGUAGACAAUGUGGGUCAUUGUGUGACGUCGUCAGACACCCGCGAUAGGUAACUUGGGUCAUUGUGUGGCGUCGUGAGACCCUCCUGUAGGCAAUGUGGGUCAUUGUGUAGCGUCGUCAGACACCCGCGAUAGGUAACUUGGGUCAUUGUGUGGCGUCGUGAGACCCUCACUGUAGGCAUUGUGGGUAAUUGUGUGGCGUCGUCAGACACCCGCGAUAGGUAACUUGGGUCAUUGUGUGGCGUCAUGAGACCCUCCUGUAGGCAAUAUGGGUCAUUGUGUGGCGUCGUCAGAUACCGACUGUAGGCAUUGUGGGUCAUUGUGUGGCGUCGUCAGACACCCGCUAUAGGUAACUUGGGUCAUUGUGUGGCGUCGUGAGACCCUCACUGUAGGCAUUGUGGGUAAUUGUGUGGCGUCGUCAGACACCCGCUGUAGGCAUUGUGGGUCAUUGUGUGGCGUCGUCAGAAACCCGCUAUAGGUAACUUGGGUCAUUGUGUGGCGUCGUGAGACCCUCACUGUAGACAUUGUGGGUCAUUGUGUGACGUCGUCAGACACCGACUGUAGGCAUUGUGGGUCAUUGUGUGGCGUCGUCAUCUGUCCCUUUCUUGAUUUUCAUUUGAUCAUUGAAAUAAUAAUAAUUUCAACAAUUCAUCUGUUUAAAAAAUACCACAACUGAUUCAAAUCAAAACAUCAGAGAAAUAUGUAAGUUAAUUGUUGAAUGUAGUGUGUCGUACGUGAAAUAAAUCAUCUUUUCUAUAA